UUCUAUUCUAUUCUAUUCUAAUAAAGCAUGAACUUUCAAACAUUGUGCAUGGUUUUAUAUUUGUAAUGCAAUAGAGUUGUGGGUAUUUUGUGAUAUUGUCUGAUGUAAGCUUUUCAGUUGAUUAAAAAUAGACGUGCGAGACAUUUUGGCAAUCUCUUGCUAAAUAUAUGAUGACAGUCCUACCUUCUAAUAACACAUAUUUAAGAAAUAUUAAGGGCCUCAGUUUCAAAUUGUGGUCAAGUCAGCCCACACGUGGAGAAGCAACAAGCUCAGUUUGUAUCUGAGGCCGUCUCUGCUGCUGCAACAACAGGAAACAACGUCUUCUCCCCUCCUCUCGUCUCACUGCACCCAUGUCUUCCUCAUUUUUAUUUUUUAUUUUUUCCAUUGUGCUUUAGGAAACACCCCACUUUAUAACAGCUGCUGGGGUCCCACACAAUGAGGUUUAUCAAACCAGUCGACAGCUGAGGCUGGUUCUGUUAUAAGAGUGUGCGAUCUACUGGUUGAAUAAAAUCUUUGUCAAAUUUUGUGCGACGGUAGCUAUUAGUAGAAGCUCGAGCUAAUUCAGUUUUGGUUGUUACACCAAAAAUGAAAAUUAGUCAAAACAUUAUAUUAUCAGUCAUCAAAUUUCACAACAUUAAACAAGGUAAGAUUGCAAGGCCUGCGAGUAUAACAUAUCACAUGAAAGGACAUGGAGAAAGCUUGCCCUUUGGUGCAGGGGUUGCUCUCUGUAAGUAUUCUUGUUAUGGCUGAGCUCAGCUCCUGAAAAACAAGCUCCAGUAGCAACUGACUCUGCAGAAAGUUGGCAACUUCUGCCUCGGAUCCGUUUACCCCACUCUGUGGCUUUACAACUGUUCAUAGCUGCAGUGCUGUCGUUCCCAAUCACUUCCAUUUUGUUAUAAUUCUGUUCCAAGCUGGAAUUCACUGAGUUCCUGAGAGUGACCCAUUGUUUCACAAAUGUUUGUAGAAGCAGUCUGCAUGCCUAGGUGCUUCAUUUUAUACACCUGUGGCCUUUGGAGUAACUGGAACACAUGAAUACAAUGAAUUGGAAAGCUGAGAGAAGACUCUGCAAUAUAGUGUAGGUCAGAGUCGCUAACAAACAAAUAAGCAAAUUAAAAAAGAAGAAUUCGUGGUCAAUGAAAAUGAUCUGUACUGGACUGAAAGUGGAUGAAAAAGCAGCCACUGUCCAAAGAAUUUCCUCUUCUUUCUUUUUUUUGACUUGUGUUUUACACCCAGAAAGCCGGGAGAACUAUUCCACUAACCGCUUGGUUAGUUUUUACUUCCUUUUGUUUGUGUCUUGAGGUUUGAAGGUGGGGCUAAUGAAGUUUCACAUAGUUUCAUUUUCAAUGAAUCUAGUUUUGAAGUCCAUCUAAGAGUCCUGCCAUCUAUAAUCUCAUAAUUCUCCCCAGAUCUUAUUUACUGCUUUGUGGUAGUGGACCAGAUGUCUGGGAUUCAGUACCUGGCUUACUCGUGGGCUUUUGUCAUCACACAGACUGGUUUUGUUUGCAGUGAGAUUCACUUCUUGAAGCAGUAUGAGGGUGAAUCCGUUGUUCUUCCCUGUGAGAUUGAACAGAGGUACCCAGCGCCCCUGGGAGUCUCACUCAAACGAUCCUGGCUGGUUGAAGAAGAAGUGCUGUUCAAGUACACCAAGGAAGACUUUACAGUUAAAAAUUCUGCUGACAAAAGCCGCAUUCGCGUCAGGGGAGACCCGAGCCUUCAUUCUGUGAAUAUCACCAUCUCUCAGCUGAACGCCAGCGACACAGACCGCUACUACUGCGAGUUUGUCGUGGAAAAUCUUUCCUCUGCAGAUGACCGCAUACGUGGAAAGAUGGAAUUCUUCCUCCUUGUUGGUGCUGGAUGCUUUGACCUUGUGCCUACAAGUGCUCAGUUUGGUGGCUCCAGUUACUCCUUUCUGGUGUACGCUUUGUCAUCAGCUGUGGUUUUUCUCCUUCUGCUCUUCACUGGAUUUGUGGUGAUUUCUAAAUGCAAAGGAUCUCAGAGUAUGAAGUCACAUGAAGCCGAUGUCUACGAGGAAAUGGGUAGGGCAACACCUCCCAGUCAAACACAAGCACCUGCCCAUCAGAGGGAAAUACCAGAAGCUUCCCAACAAAGUAAACUUCACCUGGGGAACCCCUAUGAAUUUCAAGAGGUGCUCUCAUCAACAUCAUAAACUAGAGUGUCCAAAAACACUAAACUCCAGUUAGUGUGCAGAAUUCUUAUAUCUUUUAAAUCUCCUGCAUAUUGCUAGACAGCUUGCAUUCUGACAUUUUUUUUUUUACCUUAUUAUAAAAUAACUUUGGCUGCUUUUGCUGUGAUCAUAGUGAUUAAAUGCUCUGUACAUUACUGAAUUUUAUUCUGCACUCCGUUACAUAUCCGAGUAUACAUAUCCUUUCCAGUUACUUAGCAGUUGUCUCAGAUUGGAGUAGAUAGUGGUAAGUUGAUCCGUUUUAGCAGACAAAGAGCCAAAUAAUCUGUCAAAGGGCUUCGUUCUGGUGUGCGGUGACUCAAUUUAGCAAAAAGCCUGAGUUGACAAAGGAAGUAGAUAAUCAGUGUUGCAAUACUCGUUAUCUCUAACUGAGGUUUUGUGAAGACAGACAACACAAAGAUAUACUGAACUUAUCUUGUAGUACAUUCACUCACCUUUUUACACGUUAAACUGAACAUUUGGGUUAUGUAACAGGAAGAAGGAAUGAAGAAUGCAUGGUUACAUUGUAACACUGGUUCUUUGAGUAAGUACACUAGCCAGUAUAGGUGGAAGUAAGCGGCUACAUAUGGAAUGUGAGUGAGUCUCUUCACUCAGAGAACCAGCAUUACAAUGUAACCAUGCAAUAAUACAAUGUAACAUUUUGAAGGAAACCAGUAAGAAAAUGUUAAUGGAAAAUAAUCAGACGUGAAUUGAAUCUGGCGGGGUUUCAUCUAAAAUGAACACCACACCUGGCCUUGCACCAGUCCAGCACAGAGGGCUGCAAACAUCACCACAACACAGAAAACUAAGCAGUUUAUCCUAAAGGAAAAUGAACAGCACAAAAUUAUUAUAUUUCAGUUAGCUCUGAAAAAAAGAUAGAAAUCUGUACUUGUUGCAGGGAGAAAUGGGAGAAAUGUUUCAUCACUCAUCCAACUGAUUUCUUCAGUCUCAGUUGACCGCAGGUUUCCCAGCUUUAUAAACCGAGCAGUUGCAUAACAUUCAAAACUAGCAUCAUUGCCUAACAAUAAGCCAUAAGAUCGGUUUUGCUUUUAUUAAUUUGAAACUGUCAUGACCGUUAGUGUUGUCAUCAAUAUAGUUAAAUAUUAUAAAUAUAGUUCAUGCAAACACUCAUGGCAAAUUACCUGUUAACAAUGAGAAACUGUUGUGGCUCAAUUUUUGGCAGUUGUGCUGAUUUUGAUUGUUUUGCAACUUCAUCUACACAACUGUACUCAAUCCUAUAAACAGUGUUUAUAGGAUUGAGUACACUUGCGAUGAAAGGAAAUUCUAACACGAAUCAGAAAUUUUACCGUCGUUGGGACAAGGUCGGUGAAUACUCACUUCUCACCAAUUGUGUCAUGUGUUAAUAUGUCAUUUUUUUUACAUGCUGCAUCGUACUGUUUUCUAAAUGUGUUUAUUUGCUGUGGUUUACUGUAGCUACCACUGUUUCACUUACUAUCCCAGAUGUUUGUGUGAGCAUUGUGUUGCAGUUUGCAUUAAAGUCAUUUUUAAGCAGUUUUUUUUUACUAUGUUGCAGGUUUAAAUGUUGUUUAUUCCUUUGAUCAUACAUUUGUUCUGAGACUCCAAAGCCUGAUUUCUUUUUUAAUAGCAGUUGGGCUAAAUCAGGUGGCGGUGGGCUUUUUUCUUUUGUUUUAUCACUUAAAAAAUACAUUGCUAUGAACAUUUGUCUCUGUAUGGUGCUAUUAAGUUACGUAGCAGUCAUCAGUUAGUGAGUGUCAUUUAAUUGUAGGUUUACUGGCUUUAGCUACUGGCACCAGCUAAACUAACUGUGUGUGUACAGACAGCCCUAUAAAGACACAGUCAGUGGUUUCCUCAGAUCAGCAGAAGUGAAGUGAGGCUGUAGUGCCCAGAAUGUGUUUGUUUCCAGUUACAAUGAGUUAUUUUGGUCUAAGUUUCACUUCAUGUACAACGCUCACCUCUGGGAGGUGAGUCUGUCUAACCUAUCACACUCCGUGAAGUCGUACAUAAAUUAAAUGUUCUGAAGGAUUUUACAUCACUUUGACAACCUUGACUUUCAGUCAAGAACUGAACCAAAUUAACUAAGAAAAGAAUAUUCAAUUCAAGUUUAUUUAUAUGGUGUCAAACCACAACAACAGUCAUCUCAAAGUGUUUUAUAAUGCAAGGCAAAGACGGGCUGGUUCUUGUAUAGUGCCUUAAACAACAACAUCCUCAUUCACUUAUUCAUACAAGUAUGUUUUGUCUGCACCUAAGUUCUAACAUUUUCAGACAUCCAUACUCCAAUGAAUGUAUCAGAGAGCGAACAGACAACCACCAAAGCUCCAAUUAGUAGAUGACCUGCUCUACCUCGUAAGCUACAGCCAAC